CACAGCAUCACAGGCCGCGCUCCUUUGUAGAGAUGGCGGCGACGCAGAGCGAGCAGGAGGUGCAGGCCUACCUGGAUACGCACAAGAUCCAGACCAUUGUGGAGGACGCGAUCAACGCCUGCGUCAAGGCCAACGCCGAGGACCCGUGCGCGCACAUGAGCGAGACGCUCGCCAGUAAGGCAUCGCCCGAGAAGAUCACAAAGUGCGUGGCGCGCCAGAUCUUCGACUCGCGUGGCAACCCGACGGUCGAGGUGGACGUGCACACGACCAAGGGAUCGUACCGCGCGGCGGUGCCCUCGGGCGCGUCGACUGGCAUCUACGAGGCGCUGGAGCUGCGCGACAACAUCAAGGAGGACUACAUGGGCAAGGGCGUGUCGCAGGCCGUCAAGAACGUCAACGAGAUCAUCUCGCCGGCGCUCAAGGACAUGUCGCCGAUCGACCAAAAGGCGAUCGACGACAAGAUGGUCAAGGAGCUAGACGGGCAGCAGAACGAGUGGGGCUGGUCAAAGUCCAAGCUCGGCGCCAACGCCAUCCUCGCCGUGUCGAUGGCGGUGUGCAAGGCGGGCGCGGCGGCCAAGGGUGUGCCGCUGUACAAGCACAUUGCAAACCUGGCCGACAACCCGACCGACAAGAUGUACAUGCCGGUCCCGUCGUUCAACAUCAUCAACGGCGGCAGCCAUGCCGGCAACAAGCUGGCCAUGCAAGAGUUCAUGAUCCUCCCCGUCGGUGCCAGCUCCUUCAGCGAGGCGAUGAAGAUGGGGUCCGAGGUGUACCACAACCUCAAGUCGGUGAUCAAGAAGAAGUACGGGCAGGACGCGUGCAACGUGGGCGACGAGGGCGGCUUCGCGCCAAACAUCCUCGACAAUAAGGAGGGGCUCGACCUGGUGGUGGAGGCGAUUGAGAAGGCGGGCUACACGGGCAAGGUCAAGAUUGGGAUGGACGUGGCGGCGUCCGAGUUUUGGAAGGAGGAGGAGAAGGUGUACGACCUCGACUUCAAGACGGAGAACAACGACGGCGCGCAGAGCUCGCAGAAGAUGAGCGGCGAGAGCCUGCUGAGCAUGUACGAGCAGUUUUGCAGUGACUACCCGAUGGUCUCGAUCGAGGACCCCUUUGACCAGGACGACUUUGCGUCGUACGGAGCGAUGACGGCCAAGCUCGGCGAGUCGUGCCAGGUCGUCGGCGACGACUUGCUGGUGACGAACCCGACGCGCGUGCAGAAGGCCAUCGACGACAAGGCUUGCAACGCGCUGCUGCUCAAGGUGAACCAGAUCGGCUCCAUCACCGAGGCGAUCGAGGCGGUCAACAUGGCGCAAAAGGCGGGCUGGGGCGUGAUGACGUCCCACCGCUCCGGCGAGACGGAGGACUCCUUCAUCGCCGACCUCGCCGUCGGCCUCAAGACGGGACAGAUCAAGACGGGUGCGCCUUGCCGGUCCGAGCGGCUCGCAAAGUACAACCAGCUGCUGCGCAUCGAGGAGGAGCUCGGGGAUUGCGCCAUCUACACGGGCGCCGACUUCCGAUCCCCGCCAAAGUGAGACCCCCCGCUUCCUCGUGCUGCCAUACACAGCAUACUCGGCUGGGCGGCGGGCGGGGUCUCUCCGCCAUGCGCGGGGUCGCCUCGCUGGCCCUACGGUUCUCGGCCCGUCUGCGCUGCCUCGCUCUGUCUCCCCUCUUAUCUUGAUUCUAUCUCCUCUAAUGCCCAUCGCCUAACCGCUAACGGCGGCGCUCGCUCCCACAUGUGUUCCGGGUGUCGCGCGUCGCUCGCGGUCUAUUGCACGCGGCACAUAGAUCUCUCAUCAUUUUUUACCCGUGAAAGGGACACAACGAUC